GCUCGCUCGUCUGAGCCAGAUGUCUACUGAAAACCAAACCGACGUCCAAAAUAAAGACAAUAUCAAAAUUAGUAUAGACUCUGUUCCCAAUGGAACAAGUGAUAACGACAUUAUAACAACGGACGAGGCGAAAACUGAACUAAAAAUGGCUGAAAUUAAAAGUGAUAAUCCUAUAGAUCUACUAGGUGUGCCCAGAACAGGUCAUCGCAUGUCCUUUAUGGAAGAAGAGAGCGUAAAAGAGAGAAUGAGAUUAUCUCUAUUGAAGCAAUGCUCAGCCAUCUUGAAGCAAGGAGACCAGAGGUAUGGCAAGGAGACAUUGCAUCGUACUUUUCAAGAUGAGGAUCUCCUGGAACGGAUAUUCAGACUAUUCGACGUGGAAAGGCAAGACCAGCUAGUUCAAGAGGACUGGUAUGAGUUUCUAAAACAGAGAUUAACAGAAGAUAAACAGUUGGACUUCGUGGAGCAAGUAGAAAGUGUGGCUUAUGUCAUCUGCGGAGAUGGAGUGAUCACACUUGACACCUUCCAAAAUAUUUUGAAAAACAAAGUGGUCACCAACAAACUGUUACGAGUGGUUGACUCCGACAGUGACGGCUACGCUACGGCGGAUGAGAUCAUGGAGUUCCUAUGUACACUUUCUAGUUCAAGGCCACGAAUGGGCAUCGAUAAGUUGAGCGUGGAUCGCCUCGAGCAGCUCUUCAGACAAACUGUGGGCGACCAAAAGGAAAUAACUAGAGAGCAGUUUCAAAAAAUCGUUGUCUCUAAAAAUCCAUUUUUUACUGAACGAGUAUUUCAAAUCUUCGAUGAAGACAACUCUGGGACGAUAUCACACCACGAGUUCAUUGCAGCCGUUCACAGGUUCGGAAGCCAAACACCGGAGGAUAAAAUUAGAUUCCUUUUCAAAGUUUAUGAUUUAGAUGGGGAUGGUCUAAUCCAGCACCGUGAGUUACAACACGUGAUGCGGGCAUGCAUGGAGGAGAACGGCAUGCAGUUCUCAGACGAACAACUACUGGACCUCACCAGCGCUAUGUUCGAGGAUGCUGACACGGAGCAGCGUGGUGCUAUUACUUACGAGGGUUUGAGAGACCAGCUUAAUACACACGGGGGGUUGUUGGAGAACCUAUCUAUAAGUAUAGACCGAUGGUUGGUGCCGCCAAAUCCGAAGAAAGAACCAAACACUCUCCGGUAUCGGCUGAUGAAGAUGAAGCCGUACCAACUAUCCUUACCAUACUUCAAAAACAAUUACGUCUACCUUAGCUACCUGUUUGUUUUCUUCAUUGUGAACUUUGGAUUAUUUGUGGCAAGGAUUGUGGAGUAUCGAGAAUCAAAUAUCUUUGUCAUAUUUGCUAGAGCGUGUGGCCAAUGUCUUAACUUCAACUGCACAUGGGUGCUCAUCUUGAUGCUGCGACGCUGCAUAACCUUUCUGCGCGAGAGGGGAUUCGCGUCCGUGCUGCCGCUGGACUAUCACAUCUAUCUGCACAAACUCACUGGUGUAUUGAUCGUGGUGUUCGGCGUUUGGCAUACAGCCAUGCAUUUGUGUAACUUUAGCUUAAUAGUAGUAAACGAUUCAACACUGAACGCUAACAACUACACCGUAUUUGAGUGGGUGUGCACCACUCGGCCAGGUCUGUUCGGCCUUUGCGGUGGGUGCGCCAACCCCACCGGCAUCGCGCUGUGUGUCGCGCUGUUUGUGCUUGGCGUGUCUUCGAGACCUGCACUCAGGAAGGGAGGGUGUUUUGAGGUUUUCUAUUUUGCCCACCUUCUAUACAUCCCGUUCUGGAUCCUACUGAUUAUCCACGCUCCAAAUUUUUGGAAAUGGUUCAUCGUGCCAGGCACCGUCUAUAUCAUCGAGCGCAUAAUGAGGCUAGCUUGGAUGAGGUCUGAACGUGGAAAAACCUACAUAGCAUCAGGCAUACUACUACCAUCCCGUGUUACGCAUUUGGUGGUGAAACGUCCAACUCAGUUCGACUUCCACGCCGGAGACUAUGUGUUCGUAAACAUUCCCGCCAUUGCAGUCUACGAGUGGCAUCCGUUUACCAUCAGCAGUGCGCCGGAUCAAGAAGAUUACAUUUGGCUGCAUAUCAGGGGCGUGGGAGAAUGGACAAAUCGUCUGUACUCAUACUUCGAAGAGGAACAGGAGCGUCUACACGGCAACGAGGUUAUACAUGAGAAGGUGACCCGUAGUGCUUCGGGCCAAAGCAACAGAAGCAAACGGAAGGGUUCAGCAGGCAGUGCGAAGAAACGAUCCGUUGACUUCUCACCAGCCGGCUACGCAAACGAAGCAUUUACUAUCGAUGAAGAACCUGAAAAUGGAUUUAUUGUCGUUUCCCCGAAUUCUAAACUGCCCCGGCCAUCAUUUUUGUCUCCACUGAAGUUUCUAGAAAAAUCACGUUCAAUGCCUGACGUACGCAAUAACAUAAACAAGAAGCUACAAGCAUUGAAUGAUUAUCACCGCUCGGAGUCUACUCGCAGUUUGUCUACGUACGAAAUGCGGCGCGCGCGCAAGCUGACGGGCGCGCACCCUCAGACGCGCGCGCUGGCGCAUAGCUUCCGCUACAUGCGCACCAAGCCUACCAUCAUCGCCUGCAAGCCGCCCAGUGAGGAGAGGAGGCGCUCCAAUGAGAGCAUACUGAGCAUUGCUAGACGUCGCCUGUCGAAGAGUUUGUCGGCAGAACGCGACGAAGUGAUGGACAAGCCGUGUAUCACAGUGGAGUCCCCGUCAGAGAGCAGCAGCAGCGACUCCAUGGAUAACUACGCUGUUGGGAAACCGCUAGAGAUCUACAUAGACGGUCCGUACGGCGCAGCUUCGUCCCACAUAUUCCGCGCCCAGCACGCCGCCCUCAUCGCCGCUGGUAUCGGCGUAACUCCCUUCGCGUCCAUCCUGCAGUCCAUCAUGUACCGCUACUGGAGCAACCGAGCCACGUGUCCAAAGUGCAAGCACACCUUCGCCACCAAACUGCCACAGAAUAGUAUGAGUUUGAGAAAGGUAGACUUCUUCUGGAUCAACCGCGAGCAGCGAUCGUUCGAGUGGUUUGUCUCGCUGCUGUCUCAGCUGGAGAUCGAGCAGGCGGAGGCUGGCGGGGAGAGAUUCCUGGAGAUGCACAUGUACAUCACCAGCGCGCUGCAGCGGAGCGACAUGAAGGCUGUCGGGCUGCAGCUCGCGUUGGACUUGCUGCAUGAGAAAGAAAAACGUGACUUAAUAACAGGUCUGAAGACGCGAACCAACGCCGGCCGCCCCAACUGGGACAAAGUUUUCCAACGUCUGCAGGAACAGCGCAAGGGGAAGGUUACGGUGUUCUACUGCGGACCCCCACAGCUCGCGAGGAUACUCCGAGUCAAAUGCGACCAGUUUGGAUUCAAUUUUAGGAAGGAAGUUUUUUAACAUGGCAACAGGUCAACUUAUAUUGGUCUAGGGCGUAUUCACGCAGGAAGCUGGUUGUCUGCGCCGAUCUACCAGCGGCUAUCGAGUGGUCCGCGCAGAUAAGUCGACACAUAUGAUCAAUACCGAGUUUCCAUACAAACCAGCGCCGAACAUGAUCGCCAAGUACCGACCUGCUUCGUUCAGCACUGUUAAGCUAUGUUCGAUAUCAGACAGCCAUACCAACUCCUUCUUCAUGUAGUGGUUAUCUACUUAGACCAGAAGCUAGAAGCGCUGGGGUUGAUCAGCGUAGGAAACUUGUUUUCUAUGUGAAUUUGCCCUUAGGAUAGAUGAGAUUAUACCCUAGACAUUGAUGUUUUGUUUAAGAAAAAUACCGACCGAAUUGAGAGCCUCCUCCUUUUUGAACUCGGUUAACAAAAUUAGAAUGUGUGAAGGUAUUUUGUUACUUAUAAAAAUCGUUAUUUUCCUUGCCUAUAAUAAUUAAACGUGCUUAUAUUUCAAGUCUAAAAUCAUUAGACCAGGAUGAUGUAGCCCCAUAGGAUAUAUAGAUUUCGUUAUAAUGCAAGGUUAUUUAUAAAAAAUGUUAUUUUCAAGUACUUAGAUUAAUUAAAAAUGCAUCUUUCAAGUGCCAUUAAACACAAAUUGUGUAUCUUAUAAAUCAUGGCAAGCCAACAUUGCAUAGAAAAGCUAAUUUAUUUAUUAGAUUUAAGUAGUUAUUUAAUUUAAUUAAAAUAUAAUGAAUGUUGUUAAUAUUAUUAUUUUUAUGAAUAAAAUAUAUGAUAAAAUAAGGAAUAGUCAGUGCCAAUUAUGUACGUAAUAGUUUUUGUAUGGUUACCUAAGUAUUAUUAAUUGUAUUAUUUACUUUUCUUUUGAAUAGCUGGAAUUUACUCAAAGUACAUUUAAAUUGUUUUUACCUGGCACGGGAUGAGGAGUAAAGGAGAAAUAGACAAAAUAUUGUCCAAUGGCGACGGAGUUGUUUCAGUCCCGUCUCUUUCGUCCCAACGCAAUGAAGCGAUAUUUCCGGAUGGGUCUCCAGUGGUCGAAGUUUGUCUAUUUCUCUACAAAAGAUCAUGUCGUUGGUCACAUGAUGGCGCCACUGAGUAUAUUAAAAUACUUGCAGACGCCCGCGACUAGUACUAAUAAUAAUUGAAUAUGCUACUAACUAAAACAGAAUUGUGAUCUAAUUAACUUACAGUAAAUCGUGUGCCUUUAAGAAAAUAUACUUUUAUAAUUAUUUUAUACACAAUACAAACCUAAUAUCGAGAGUUUAUGAAAUAAACUGCGAUUGUUAUUA